GUAGGCACUUUCAACAGAGAAAACGAGUUACGCUCAACCACUAUUUUCCCAGAGUUUGGGUGACUGUGGCUGCCGGGGCAUGCUUCACGGAUGGCCGACAAUGUUGUGGUUCCUUUGUGAGUCUCUCCUCAGUGCGCGGUGCUCUCGUGCUCUCUCCUCUGGCUGAGGUUCGCUGCAGAUGUGGCUUCUCAAUAGGGCUUAUUGUAGCCGCUGUGCUGUAGACGCGCGGAAUCUGCGCGAGCAGCGCACUGAAUACGAUCACGUAGAGCAGAGCGGAGGGAAAAGACGUCUGAAGCGCAGGGAUGCUUCUUUUUAAUAUCUUUCCUUGACUUAUUCGGGAAGAGCGCGGCUACUACGUGAGCUCUUGUUUUCACAAGAACAUUUACAAUGUAUGAGCACGUCAAGGACCAGGAGGAAAAGGUUUGAGAGCUUCAUCUACAAUCAUCAUUCAUUCCAGUGGUCUCGCUCAUCAAUCACUGGUUGGACUGUCUGCUCUACCCUUCUACCCGAGCCAGUGCUGAGGGUGGUGCACAGCUUUCCAUGAUCCACAUCUAAGCUUCAAGAUCUCUGGCACCCAUUCAUUACAGAGGAGUUUAUUUUUUUCCUUUUUUUCUUCCUUACGUCCUUUCAUCCAAAUGAUGCAGAGGGGCUCUGCAAUGUGGAGUGGACUGAGUGUAAUGACUAUGCUGUUGUUAGCCCAGUGGGACGUGGGCUGCUGGGGAAUGACUCUGAACUCAGUCCCUCUCCGUCCUGCUUCUCAAAGGCCCAUCAUGGCUAAUGUGGGAGCUCCACUUCACAGACACAAGCGCAACUGGGUGUGGAACCAAUUCUUCGUCCUGGAGGAGUACACAGGAGAUGAUCCUCUAUAUGUUGGCAAGCUUCACUCUGACGUGGACAAAGGUGAUGGGAAAGUCAAAUAUGUGCUCAAUGGUGAGGGGGCAACCUCCAUUUUCACCAUAGAUGAGAACACAGGUGACAUACAUGCCACUAAGCGUCUGGAUCGGGAGGAGCAGGCCUACUACACACUUCGAGCUCAGGCCCGAGACCGCGCCACCAACCUGCCAGUUGAACCAGAGUCAGAAUUUGUGAUCAAAGUGCAGGAUAUUAAUGACAACGAGCCAAAGUUUCUGGAUGGACCAUACCAUGCACAAGUAGCAGAAAUGUCUCCUGUUGGCACGUCGGUGGUUGAGGUUAAGGCGACUGAUGCAGAUGACCCCACAUAUGGAAACAGUGCCAGAGUUAUCUACAGCAUCCUUGAGGGACAACCCUAUUUCUCAGUGGAACCAAAGACAGGCAUUGUGAGGACAGCUCUGCCCAACAUGGACCGAGAAGCACGGGACCAGUAUCUUCUGGUGAUCCAGGCCAAAGACAUGGUGGGUCAGAUGGGAGGGCUCUCAGGAACCACAACAGUAACGGUCACACUGAUGGACGUUAAUGACAACCCUCCCCGCUUCUCACGGAAAUCCUAUCAGUUUGCUGUGCCUGAAUCCCUGCCUGUGGCUUCGGUGGUGGCCAAGAUAAAAGCCUUGGAUUCUGACAUCGGACCAAAUGCUGAGAUGGACUACAGAAUUAUAGAGGGCGAUGGCCUUGGGGUGUUCAGGGUUGGACCAGACAAAGAUACCCAGGAAGGAGUCAUAACUCUGCAGAAGAAUCUCGACUUUGAGACAAAGUCAACCUACACUCUGAAAAUUGAGGCAUCCAACAGGAACAUAGACCCACAGUUCUUGUCUCAAGGACCGUUCAGUGAUACGGCAAUGGUGAGGGUGACUGUGGAGAAUGUAGAUGAGCCUCCCAUUUUCUCCUCUCCGCUUAGUAAAAUGGUGGUCUCAGAAGCCGCUAAAGUGGGAACCAUCAUAGGAACUGUCUCUGCUGUGGACCCUGACUCCACCAAUAGCCCCAUUAGGUAUUCAAUAGACAGAAACACGGACUUGGAGCGAUUUUUCAACAUAGAGGCAGCCACAGGGGUCAUCAUUACAGCUAAACCAUUAGACAGAGAAGCCAAUGCCGUACACAACAUCACCAUCCUGGCUAUUGAAAGUUUGGAUCCGUCACAGGUGGGGAAAGGCGUGGCUCUGAUCACAGUGAUGGACAUUAAUGACAACGCACCAGUCUUUGCCAUAGAGUAUGAAACUUUCCUGUGUGAAAGUGCUGGACCAGGACAGGUCAUUGAAACCAUAAGUGCAGUGGAUAAAGAUGAACCGCUGAGCGGACAUCGCUUCUUCUUCUCUCUCACUGCAGAGACAGCUGGAAACAUGAACUUCACCCUCAGAGACAAUAAAGACAAUACCGCUUCUAUCCUGACUAAGCGGAGUGGUUUUCAGAGGAGGGAACAAGCUAUGUAUCAACUGCCUGUGUUGAUAGUGGACAGCGGCACCCCUGCCCUUAGCAGCACUAACACACUGUCUAUAAGAGUGUGUGACUGUGACUCUGUAGGGACUCCACAGUCAUGCGGCACUGAAGCCUUCAUGCUGUCAGCUGGACUCAGCACCGGAGCUCUCAUUGCUAUCCUGGCCUGUAUCAUCACCUUGCUUGUUCUGGUGCUGCUGAUCGUGACGAUGAGGAGGAGGAAGAAGGAACCUCUGAUCCUGGAUGAAGACCGAGAUGUGCGGGAGAACAUUGUGCGCUACGACGAUGAAGGUGGAGGUGAGGAAGACACAGAGGCUUUUGACAUGGUGGCGUUGCGAAACCUCAACAUAGUGAGGGACAGCAAAGCUCGGAGAGACGUCACCCCGGAGUUGCCCACUCUUUACUGCUCCCGCCCUCCCCCUUACAAAAUCACCCCCGACAACGGGAUCUUCCGGGAGUUUAUAUGGGACCGCCUAAAGGAUGCAGAUAUCGAUCUUUCCGCCCCUCCCUAUGACUCCCUGCAGACAUAUGCCUUUGAGGGCAGCGGCUCAGUGGCGGAGUCCCUCAGCUCACUGGACUCCCUGAGCACAGAAUCAGAGCAGAACUAUGACUAUCUGAGCGAAUGGGGACCACGCUUCAAGAAGUUAGCAGAUCUGUACGGCCAUGGCGACAGCAGCAAUAUAUUCUCCUAGCCGGGAUUAACAUUCCUGACAAGGUCUGCUCAAUCAAGGGCCUAAUGGAAAUUAACAAUGAUCAAGAGAGCAUCACUGAUUCGUUGUUGCUUGAAAGAAGAGGGGAGGAAAAAAAGGGAACAUUUAAUGCGCGGGGGGACAUAUAUCUGUGGAGAGCAGCAAUUUUGUUAAAGAACAGACAGUGGAGAUUCAGCUCUGAAGCACUUCUAUUUAAAAUAUCCAUUCGAAGCCAAGUCUAGACUUGUGGUGGGGUUGCAAAAGCUGGAGAGAGAUCGUCAGGCCCCAGAGAAUAAUGGACCUUGGGCUGCAGGGCCAUAUAAGCUGUUCCAGCAAUACCAAUUGUUUAGAAGGAACAUUUGAAGUGCUCUCCCCAUGGUUAUAAAUGAGUACAGUGCCAUCCAGCUAGCCAUACAGCACUGACGCUUGAAAGAUCAAUGUUCCUGUUCCAUCAGAUGUUUCUAUGACUCAUGGAUUCUUUGUAGGAAAAACAGUCAGUAUGACUUCAGCAACUGAGAACACCAAUAUCUUUUCCAAAUAUAUCACCUAGAGAGAAACUGCAACAGUUGCUUUGUAAAAUAUCCUUUAUGCAUAGUUUCACAUCUUUUAUCAGGCCUUAUUUCCACAUGAAAUUGCCGCCAAGGCACAUUGAAAUAUCCUGCAGUUAUGCUGACCAAAAUACAAGUCAAACUCGUAGUGAAUAGGCUUUGAUGUAUUGAGAAGGACAGGCCCGAGUGGAUUUAAUCAUAGAAAAUGUAUAGUACUUGCAUUUUAGUUGAGGCUGUCAACCUGAGGUAUUUUGAGAUGUUAUUUUGUAAGUUUGUAGAGAGAACCCUUAUGACAGUGAGGGGUUUUAAAGGGAAGUAAUUUGUAUUAAGCAGAUUCCUUUCUUGGAAACCUCAAUGACAAACUCAAAGCAGCAAAAUGUUUUUGUAGUUCUCUAUGCUGUCCAGUGUACAGUUUUUGCAGUGGUUCUUGCUGAAUGUUGUGAGAAAAAAAAAAGUUUUGUUUUUAUUUUAUUUUUAAAAAGCAGGCCUAUUGUUGAUAUGAGUUUGAGUGGCAAACUGUAUGGGGAAAAAAAGAAUGUAAAGAAAUUAUCAUUAAUAAUAUAACUGGUGAUGUGUGAACCAGUGUAUAAGAUAAGGACAACACAGAACUUAUAAUACAGUAUAUUAUCAAUGUUUAACUGUUGUCCAACAGGUAAUUAUGAUUUCGAAUUGUAAUGACAUAUAAUUACAGUAUCAGUCUACGGUAUUAUACACAUGCUAAAUUCUAAAUCUGGGAAGACAUUUUGUACAGAUUUUGUAAUAAAGCAAAUUUCAUCACACAGCUUGGUGUGACCACUUCCUGAUGACUGCUGUCAUUCAUUCGGACAGCCAGACGAAGCAUAUUUUGAUCUGUGCCGAAUGUGGAGGACUAACUGCUAAAUUGCCUGCUUAUGUUUGUGGAACAGGGUGGUUUGCACACACAGACAUGAUGUGUAAUCAAGGCCAGAAUAGAGAGCCAACAGGGCCUUGAGUUUGAUGAAUGACACAAGGCUUGUCAGAGCAUUUAAAAGGCCUCGGCUAAAUUAGCCUCUGUGAAAAGAGAUUGAUGAUUCUGUUAGGGAAUGCAAACAUACAUCCAGAAAUACGAUCACACAUCUAAACACAGGCAGACAUGGUGUGCGACACCAUGGCUGGACAUAAAGCUUUGCCUAUAAAUUGUCAUGCCCAGGCCAGUUAGAACCAUGCAGUGAGCCAGCUCAAACCAAGACUUGUUUGUCUGAAACUCAUACAGAGCUUGAUGCAUUAGCAUGGCAGUCUUUCCACAAACUCCCAUUGCAGUCUGGCCUACACUCAAUCAGAGUGUGAUACAGCUGAGUCAUGAAACAUGUUCCAUUUUGUUUUCUUACCAGUAAAUGUUGGCACUUGGAUGUACACUGUAAACUGUUUUUUUCAGACUGUAUAAAUGUUUGGUGAUGGAAUCUCAAUAGUUUUAUUUGUGUUCAAGCAAUGCACAAUGACAUAAAGCAUAAAUACUGGGUGCAGAAAUCAGUCCCUCACUUUUCACCAGCAUCAUGACAAUACAUUUCAUACUGACUCAGUAUCAAUAUGUGAAAGGGCUUGUGGCCAAAAAUAACAUAAAAAUAUGUCAUUGAAAUGGACAAAAAAAAAAGCCCUGAAAUGUGAAAAUGUGGGAAAAUGCCACUGUAAUGAAUGUCUUUGUCAUCUGUAACCUCUGAUAUAUUUCUUAAUAUUCUAUUCUGUGCCUAGUUAUGCACACAUUGCACAAAAUGAGUUGAUCUUGAUUUAACUGUAACGUUAACUGUCUAAUUAUUAAAAAUUGAUUUUAAAUUUAAAAAUUUAUUUUAAAUAAUUGAUUAAAUUGAAUUAUUUGACAUGACAUAACACACAGUAUAUUUUAUAGGGUUAGAAAAAAAUACGCCCUAAAAGUAUGUCCAUAUUAUAUUAAAUAUUCUCCAAGGGACAAAUAUUGCCCUUAAAAGGAAAGUUCACCCAAAAAUUAAAAUGACCCCAUCAUUUACUCACCCUCAUGCCGUCCCAGAUGUGUAUGACUUUCUUUCUUCUGCUGAACACAUACAAAGAUUUUUAGAAGAAUAUUUCCUCACAAUGCAAGUGAAUGGAUACCAAAAUGAUGAUACUCCAAAAAGCACAUAAAGGCAGUAUAAAAGUAAUCCAUAAGAAUCCAGUGGUCAUAUCAUGUUCAGAAGCGAUAUGAUAGGUGUCAUAUUUUUAUAUUCAAAUAAAGUCUAUUUUUACUUUAAAUUCUCCUCCCUGCCCAGUAGGUGGCGAUAUGUAAGAAAAAUGUUUCUUAAAUAUUAAUCUGUUUCUCACCCACACCUAUCAUAUCACUUCUAAAGAUAUGGAUUUAACCACUGGAGUCUUAUGGAUUUCUUUUAUGAUGCAUUUAUGUGUGCAUUGUGUGGACCUACAGAGCUGAAAUAUUCUUCUAAAAAUAUUUGUUUGUGUUCAGAAGAAGAAAAAAAGUCAUACACAUCUGGGAUGGCAUGAGGGAGAUCAUUUUCAUUUUUAGGUGAACUAUCCCAUUAAUGGAAAUGUUAAAUUGUGACUGUCAUAUGGUUAUGCUUGUCAAAGUCAGAGAUAGAAGUUUAAAAUCAGAAGUGUGCAUUUGAAAAGUGGUAUUUAUUGAACUAUAUGACUUUUUAAUGAAUCACAUGGGAUAUUUUGUCUUUUGUCCAGUCUGUGUUUUUAAAGUUGUCAUUUUACCCUGCUGAUGACAGAUUUGGCUUUUAACUCCUGUAAUAACAUAUCCUUUUGUUUGUUUGUCUGACCAAAGGUAACAGAGACUGAGAAUACUGUCUGUGAUCAUUAGAUGGAAGCUGCUAUCCUAAAGCAAAUGCAAUUAUUUGUUAACUGGCUUGCUAAAUGAAAACUAAAAGGGCAAUUGGAAUCUCAUUUGACUUGGCACUAAGUAAUAAUAAAUACAGUUUUAAUUAAGCAAGUCACUGCAGCGAGCAGAUAAUGCAAACAAAGGAAGAUGGGGUCGGCCCAUCAUUGUUCUCUUUACAGACAUGAGACACUAUAACACAUAUAUUAGAGGAACUGGAAAUCAAUAUAGCAGAUUAUUUUAAGGAUUGACAUGCAUUUAUGACUUUGAUUCUGUUUCCUGAACUGGCUGUGUUUGGUUUGUGAUUAUGAAAAUUCUUCAGCCCUCCUGGCAAAUGAUCUCAUAAAGCACAUGAUAUGAAUGCUGGGCUGAUUACAGUUGGCUGGUAAUUUGAUUACUAAAAGCAAUUGAGUUCAAUAAAACAUACAUACUGUAUACUGGUGAUGUUUUGCUUUGACAAAAUCAAUCUUUCACUUCUCAAGAUCUUAAAGGUAUACAGUAAUUCAUCCAAAAUGAAUAUUCCCUUAUGACUUUGUUUCUUCUGUGGAAUACAAAAGGAAAUUAUAUAUACAGUUGUGGCCAAAAAUAUUGGCACCCUUGGUAAAUAUGAGCAAAGAAGGCUGUGAAAAAAAAAAUCUACAUUGUUUAUCCUUUUGAUCUUUCAUUAAAAAAUGCACAAAAAUCGAACCUUUAAUUGAAGUAGAACAAUUGAAAG